UUCCACGUUAACGCUAUGCUAGACCGCCCGGCUCAUGGCACGGCAUUUUGUUACUCUCUCGAAUCAAACUCCCGCACGUUCUCGCGACAACAGGCCUGCCAGUGAAAGUGUGAGUGAUGACGAUUCCUACAAUCAAAGUGAUAGGCGAAACAGCAGCAGCAGUGGACGACCGUGUGCCGUUUAGUCAGUCAGUCAGCCAUUCAGUACGGGUUCGAGUCGGGCGCAGAGCUAUCCAAACAGGAACACGCCAUCGCCGCCGCUGCCGCCGUCGUGAGUCUUCCGUGAGUGGGUGGGUUGAGAAGUGGUUCGGUGUGGAAAAACUGGUGCGCUUCAAAGGAAUUUUUCCAACAGGGAUCGAAAUGGUUGAGGGUGGCAUUGGCUGUGGGUGAUUGCUUCGGGAAAAUGUUUUCCAAUUAGUUGUGCCAGGCCAGGAGCGUGACCAAUAAUAUUAGUGAUACAUAUUUUCAUAUGGGGGGAGCUAGAUAUUUAGAUUGCAAAAUGGAUACCGAUGGCCUGUAGCGGAAUUCUCAUCGACACCGAUGAAGGUGAAGUAAUUGUGUAAUAGCUGGCUUGGCCCAGCAUAAGGGCUCCAUGUGAGCGAGUGAGUGCGUUCUUCCAAGUGAUGUGUGAAAAUUGGUUCAAAUCGUCGAAGAAGAGCUGAAAAUCGCAGUAUCAUCCUAAGCGGAGAAUAAAGUGAUAAAGCACUUUCCAAAUAUAAGGGAAAAAGAAAAUCGGAAUUAGAAAAACUUCUCUCGCGGGUGGUUGGCGUACGCAUUAAAAAGUGGAAAAUCUCAGAGGCACGAAUUAAAAGAAUUUAGGAUGGAUGAGUGAAAAUCAUCACUGCGGAAUCUACACUGACCGUAACGCCAAAUGAAAGCAACAUAUGGAAUGGAAACUAGAUCGCCAAAAUUUUCAACAACGACUACAAUAAUGACAUCGCUGUCGGAGCGUCGGUGGUAGGAGUAAAGGGAGCAUACGAAGCAUCGUAGAAUCAUCGUCAUAACCCUCAGUGGAUGAGCAGAGUUCAAGGAGAUUUAAGACUGCUUUUGCUGCUUAUGAGAAGUAUUAUUGGUGUUCUUUUGUAAGAAAUCACAGACAACAGUCAACGCCAACCAUUGUCAUGAUGAUGAUGGACAUCCUCCGAUGGCUCCCGGGAGCCUGCGGAAGCCUGGGCCCAGCAUUGAUACCUCCAGCGCAUAUCGCAGUCCUGUGGUACUUCUGGCAAAACUACUCCCGGUACGUGGACAAACGGUUUUGCUCCUGCUCCUGUUGGGAUACGGUGUUCAAGGGAACUUACGAAUCGGGGAUCGCCUCCUACAAGCACAUGUACUUCAACGCCACUCAGAACACGAUGAAGAUGUGGCUGUUGAUCGUGAUUGGAGUGAUAUCGCUGUACGAGUGCACCAAAUACCUAACGCAGCUGUUGCUCCAGAGUCGGGUUCGCUACACCAUGAUCGUACUGUUCAUGUUGUCGAUAUUCUCCCAUUACUAUGCAUGGUGGGCGUAUCUGAACUACUACAACGAUGAGUACUACAAUCAGUGGAACCAUCAGCUAUUUUUCACGAUCACCGAGCUCAUAUCAACCAGUUUCGUGCUUCACUUGGCUAACGUGGAAAACGUGGUAACGUCACGCAAAACUUUUGCGAUCGUGGGAAUCGCCAUUCUGCACAUAUUGGCCAGCGGAGUGGACCAAUUCAUAUCAAAUGUGUUCCGUGGCGAAGGAUAUCCUCAUCAGGUCGUUCGCGAUUUAGGCUUCAUGAUUCCGGACGUGAUGCACCUGAUGAUUCCGCUGUGGCUCCUACGGCAGACGCGCAAGGAAAGCUUCAGCACGAGGCCAUUCUACCGGGACCGAAAUCUCCGCAGGGACGUGGUUCUCAUGUUCUUCGUGGUAGCAGUAUUAUUCACCAUAUGUACGUUCCUGUGAGCACGGCCCUCGAUCGCAGCUUGAGGAGCGUGGUGAACUUCCGUUUGUUUUUCCAGUGCAUAGUGAUCUAAUCCUGAAUUCUUCCAAUGUUGUGUAAAUCGUUAAACGUUGUUACGAGAGAGAAAAAAGCGAGUGAAACUGUGUGAAAAAAAUGUCCUUUCUGCUCAAAAGAAUCACACCACAACACGGUUCAUUUUAACCAACGACGACAGCAGCACACCAAACACCAGAGACGUCUCCAGAAUUGGCUUCAAUACAAGACUGUAGUGAAUGCUUUUUGGUUAGGUUCCAAACAACGUAGGGUACAUUUAUGACUGUAAGUAGAAUAACGUGAAAACGAAAAGAUAAAAGAGUUUUGUGUAGUUUUUUUUAUUUACUCUUUAAUCGAUUUGUUCCCAAUGAAUCAAAGUUCAAAUAUUUUUGAAAGUACAAACUGAGAUCGGUUGAAAUUGCAUGAGUACGAUGAAAUUUCAUGAAAAAUAUGUUCAAUUGAGUCUUAAUCUUGUCAAUUGUUACCAUUCAGCAAGUAUUAAAAGAGCUCCAUCCUCCUGGCUGUCAUCAUUAUUUUGUCCAUUAGCAAAUAUACUUCUCGGCCAUUUCAAGUGUUUGGCACUGGCGCAACCUUGAGCCGCGCACCAUUUGCUAUGGCAUAAAACCUUCGCAUUUUGUUCCGAUCCAUGCUUUCCUACACUUAAGCAAUCCACUUCGUGAUGCCGUAUUUGCUACGGUGGCUACGUUUCUCUUCUGUUUUACUACCGUGUAUCGCUCUAUGUUGAGCCAGAUACGAAUAACUGCGAAAAGGCUUGCGACAACGAACGUGAAUAUGGAAUUAUCACGUUGAAAGUUAAACAUGUUACAGGUCAAAACGAUCUAAAAAUUAUUUUUCACAGCUUUGGGAACAAAUUGAUUCAGCAUCCACACAAUUAUUGAUAUCGACACAAAUGACUCUACUUCUCUAAACAUUUGAAAUUUCUUACAGCUAACUGUUUAUUUAGUAACAACACUUUUAUUGUUUCUAAAGAGCGAUACAAAAUUCAGAAAACUAAACCAAAGAGAUUAAAACUAAAGGUAGUAACUUUCCAACUGUAUCUUAGUAUCCCAUGUCUACCGGUUUUGCUCCAAUCCAUAAUAAAUUGUAGUCUUUUACAACUAAAUCUUUGCGCAAAUUUAAGUGAAAUGUUCCAGCAAAAACAACCUACAGUUUACUGUUAAAUUUCACUCCAAAGUGCAACGCAACAUUUAAGAAAAUCCAAAUCCAACCAAUCCGUAGUGGCAAACACAUAUCUUUGAAUUCCUACUUAUCAGCGAGUGACUCCAUUUUAAAGAACUACCAUCGAAUCGGAUACUGGCAGCAACUGCACGCAGCUUUGCUCCUUUGCCAAUUUUUAACUAGAAAGAGAGAGAAACAGAAAACGAACGUAGAAUUAUCAGCGAGGAACUGUAGCUGUAGUUGACAACAAGACUUGCCCUGAAUUAUCCCAUAUCAUCGCGGCCGCCAAAAGACUAAGUUUUGUCCAUUUGUAAAACUUUAGCGCAACCGAAUCGAUUGGAAGCACACAGAUCUAUUGGAAAGUAGAGAUUUAUUCAGAGGA